CCCAGUCCUCACCUAUUCCCCAAACCCCAAUUAAAACCACCUCCCCCAGAUCCGCCGCCCGCCGCCGCCUAUGUAGCUCGCCGGCGCCGCCACCGGACCACCGCAAUGGGCCGCCCAUCUCAAAAGCGCCACCGCACCUCCGCCAUGUCCCAGACCCUCCCCUCCUCCCCCACCCACUCCUCCUCCUCCUCCGAUUUCGAAUUCACCAUUUCCAUCUCGCCGCGAAAAUCCUCCGCCGCCCUCUGCCCCGCCGACGAGCUCUUCUACAAGGGGCAGCUCCUCCCCCUCCACCUCUCCUCCCGCCUCUCCAUGGUACGGACUCUCCUCCUCUCCUCCGCCUCCACCUCCUCCUCCUCCGACACCACCACCACCGCCUCCCGCGACUCCACCGCCUCCUCCUCCUCCUCCUCCUCCGCCGCCGAUCUCUGCGACUCCUCCCGCCCCAGCUCCGUCGCCGACGACGAAUUCAAACGCCUCACCGGCGCCGCCGUAAGAAAACCCUCAAAAUACUUCUCUCUAUCAAAAUUCUCCGCCGUCUUCCGCAACAAGGAGACCGGCGGCGGCUCCGGCGGAGGCGCCGCCGUGAGACGGGUCAGCACAACCGCGAAGGAAGUCAUCCGGAAGUACUUGAAAAAGGUGAAGCCUUUCUACGAAAGGCUCUCUCAGAAGCACCCUCCGCCGCCGGCCAAAGCUUCCCGGCCUCCGGCGCCACCGCCGCCGCCUUCAAUUAACAGCCACCAGAAAGAUUCUUCGAAUAUUCCGUUAUCGUUCUCAGGGAAUCUUUGGUACCCUCGAAGACGGAGAAGCUGCAAUUCGAGCUGCCCGUCGUCGAUGAUGUCAUCCCCAACCCGAACCGGGUACGGGUUCGGGCAGGGGCAGGGGCAGGGGCAAAUGGGUCGGGCUGGUGGGCCGAAUUCGGACUCGUCUUCCAUGGAAGAGCUGCAGAAUGCGAUUCAGGGAGCCAUUGCACAUUGUAAGAACUCAUUGCUCAAGAACAAGAUCAGUUGAAGACGAAAUUGAAAUUAAAAUUAAAACUAAAAUUAAUAUUCUAAUUUAAUUUUGGCUUUCUGUUUUUUGUUUUUAAAUUGUGGUUUUUCUGGAUUUAUGUAAAAUAAUUAUUAACUGAGAUCAGCAAUUUCUUCGA